AAAUAUGUCGCUUGUCACUGUCACAUGGCUUGUCAUUUGUCACAUUCGAAUAGGAAUAAAAAAAAAUAAAAAUUAAAAUGGUAUGGUAUUAUAAUACCUCUAUGGUAUUAUACAAAAAAUUACUGUAGUAAUUCCUAUUUCUAUUACUAAUCUAAAUUCUAAAUAUAAGCGAAGCGCAUGUUCGUUCUCGGUUCUCGUUGUUCGUUCGUCGUUGUUGAUUGUUGAUCGUUGGUACUUGGUAGGCUCGUAUAUUUUUGCAUAUUGGAACCAAUAAUUUAUCUAAAUUCGAAAUGGAGUUAAGUGAAGAUUCUAUAAAAAGAGAACAAAAUGUUUUAAAAUGUCACAAAGAUGGAGAUUCUCUAGAGGAAGAACAACAUGUUAAUGUGCAAGUUAAAUCGGAACUGGAAUGCAUGAAAUUUGAAACUGAUUACACACAAGAUUCUUUAUUAGACUGGUAUCGUUCAGAUGAUAUUAAAAUAGAACAUACAUCACAACCUGAAAUAAGUAGCCCAUUCCCCCUCAUCCCCAAGCAAGAAGUCAAAACAGAACUGAAUGAACAUAAUUUAGGAGUAAAUGUUGGGUGUGAAACUCAAUUGCAAAGUACGAAUACGGAAGAAUUAGACUUGGACAAAGAAGUAAAAUUAGAAAUAGGAGUUUCAACUGAGAUACAUCCUGAAAAACAUUGUAGAAGGACGAAAACAUCAAAAUCACUGUCCAGCAUUGGCAAACAAAGUAAUAGAAUCAAUCUUAUUUCAAACCAUGUGAUUAAACCUGGGGAAACUGAAAAAGAGGCCCAAAGUGGGUUUGCUAUCUCUCAAGAUCAUUGUUAUACUCAGUCAACAAGAUGUAUGGAGUUAAAUGACCAUAACUAUGUAUCAUGCUCCAAAGAAUACAAUUCUGAAGUAACUGUUAACACUACCCUUACAGCUAUCUCUCAAGAUCAUUGUUAUGCUCAAUCAACAAGAUGUAUGGAGUUAAAUGACCAUAACUCUGUAUCAUGCUCCAAAGAAUACAAUUCUGAAGCAACUGUUGACACUACCCUUACAGCUAUCUCUCAAGAUCAUUGUUAUGCUCAAUCAAUAAGAUGUAUGAAGUUAAAUGACCAUAACUAUGUAUCAUGCUCCAACGAAUACAAUUCUGAAGCAACUGUUGACACUCCCCUUCCGUUUAAUGAAACUACAGAACAAGGCCCUAAGAACAUUUUAAGACAAUGUGGAAUUAGAAGAAAUGAUCUAACACCAAGGAAAAAGAAACUUUAUACUGAAAUAAGGCGAUUGUAUAAAAAGUAUAAUCAUACCAAGAUUUCAAAGCUAUCUUUUAAAAAGCGACUAGCCGAAUCAGAAAAAUUUCAGAAAACAUUUUUACUACAAGAAAAUAUUGACAAACUGAACUAUAUGUCAUCAUUAUUAAUCAAAUGUCAAUUUAGAGAAGCAGACAAAUCUAAAAAGCAGCGUCGUUUCACUAUAGAUGAGAAAAUAAUGGCUUUAACCUUAUACAAACAAAGUUCUAGAUCUUACCGCUUCCUAUGUAAAAUAUUUAUUUUGUCUAGUAAAGCCACCUUACAUAGAUUACUAAUUAAAAUUCAUUUUGAACCUGGCUUAAAUAGCAACAUUUUCCAGUCGUUGGAACAAAAAGUUGAAAAACUUGAUGACACUGAAAAAUUUGUGUCACUCAUUUUUGAUGAAAUGAGUCUGAUGCCAGGAUUGAAUUAUAAUGAAAGGCAGGGUUUUAUUGAGGGUUUUGAGGAUUUUGGAGAUGGAAGAAGUACCUACAUAUGUGAUCAUGUUCUCUUUUUUAUGAUUAGAGGUAUAAAAUCAAAUAUAAAGCUCCAAUAAGCUACUGCUUUUCUAGUAGAGGAGGAGCAAAAUCCAUCCAACUAAGAAACACCUUAACCAGUGUGUUGCAAAAUGUUAUAGCUAUAGGUUUGAAGCCCAUAACAGUAAUAUGUGACCAAGUUGGAGUGAAUGUAAGUGUAUUAAAUUCUUUAAUGAAGGACACAAAAAAGAAAUAUUUGGAACAAGGAAGAAGUGACAAAUAUGAAUAUGGUUUUUUUGAAGUAGGAGAUUUCAAAAUUUAUCCAAUACUGGAUCCACCUCAUUUGUUAAAAGGAAUAAGGAGUAAUCUUCUAAAAAAAAAUUUACAAUACACUUUCAAAAAUACCCAAAAAACUGCAAAAUGGCAACAUAUUAAAUCAUUAUAUGAAAAUGAUUGUGCUUCUGAGGAUAAUGAAGGCUUAAGGGCACUGCCGCACAUCACAGAUCUACACAUUGAGGAGUCAAAAAUGAAGAAAAUGAAAGUCAAAUUAGCUGCUCAAGUUUUUAGUCAACGAUUUUCAUCAACACUGAUGUUGGCUAGUAGACUCGACAACAACAAGGUUCUUGGGGAAGGUGCAGCAGAUACUGCCAGACUUCUACUCUUUUUUGAUAGAUUGUUUGAUUCAGUGAAUGGAGGACGAAAAUCUGCAGAGCGAGGAAAAAUUUUAAGAUGUGGUAUAAGUGAUACUUGUGAUCAUAUUAGAUUUUGGACAAAUGAGGCUUUGCCCAUGUUGCAGUCAAUGACAUUUGAAAAAAAAGAGAGUACAUGACCGAGCUCGUCCCCCAAGUCUCAAAAAUUGGAUAUUUACUAUAAAAAAUUUAAUUUCCAUUUGGAAAGCCUUAAAAACGUCUGGAUUCAAAUACGUGUUACCCAGGCGUUUGAACCAGGAUCCUAUCGAGAAUAUAUUUGGUCAGGCUAGAGUUUUUGAGGCACUCUAUACAAAUCCCUCGCCAUCAAGUUUUGCUGGUAUUUUUAAAACAAUGAUGGUGAAUUCAAGUUUCAAAAUCCAUCAAUCAUCAUUUAAUUGUGAAGAUGAUGGAAGCACAAAUUUGUUUACUUCCACUAAAACAUUUUUUUGUAAUAACAGGGAAAAUGUUAUUUCUAAUAAUUAUGUUUUACAAAACAUACCAACUAUUCCCACAAAUAUUGUAAAUUUACGCGAAAAGUUGAGCAAGUUGGUAACCAAUUAUGUAGCGGGAUUUAUUUUGAAAAAAAUUAAAAGUCUGUGUAAAAAAUGUGACGUUUGUAAAAGUUCUUUAUUUACAGGAAAAGAUAAUCCAGAUAAUGAAUUAAUUCGAGUCAGAGAAUAUAGAAAUGGUUGGGGUUACAGGUUACGCUAUCCAACGGAGGGAUUUGUCAAUUUUUUUCACAUGCUAUUACAGACAAUAAAUUAUUUCUUAAAAA